AUGGCAUUGUUUCGCUUCAUCUCUAUGGUGCUGGCAGCAUGUGUGGCAUGUGUGAUGGGCAUCCGUCCAGACCACGAAGCACUCUUGCAGUCCGAGAAGGAGACCAAGGAGAUCACGAAGCUUCCAGGGAUCGGAGAGCCAUGCACCAAAUCCAGGUUCAAGGCAGACUGCGACAAAUCAUCGGGCAAAGAUGUGGCCUGCGAUACCAUCAGACUCCAGAACAACUACCGCUGCUGUAUCAAGGCAGGUGAGAAGGAAAAGAAUUUACCCCUGGAUGGCAAUCGUGACACUUGCUGCAGCGGCCAGACAUCUACGUACGAGGGCAAGGAGUACUGCUUCUGA